GACAUACCCUUGUUCGCGUCGGCACGGACUAGAGUAUUUAGUGGUCAUAGCGCCAUAGGAUGUGCCACUCAGUGACUCUAGUGCCUCUGUAAUAAGUACGACACACGCUGACCGUUACCUACGCAUACCAACGCAGCAUUCAUCGGUUGCUCGAUAUUUUAAUAACGUUGAUUUUAAUCGACAAUUUUCGUGGUUUUGGUUUCGUUGCGCACUUCAAUAACAACAACACUGGUUCGAGAACAUUCGACGCCAUCUUUGUUUUCUUUUUUUCUUUUAAUUCUCUUCUGUUUCUUUUUCUGUAGGCGCAUGGUUGUUUUAAUCACAACGGGACAGUCGUCCUGCGUGUUGUGUUCUCGGCGAUCUCCCUGAACAUUUUCGGAUUCAUAUUCUUGACACGUUUGUAACGCACGAGCCGCUGACGAACCACUAGAACCGACACCCAGGACUGUCGAACCAUGGCAGAAACAAAGGAGGAAGUUGCCACUAUGCUCAGCUCUGUGCUUACCAGCGAAAAGGCGGGUGUGGCCCUCCGUCGCCUAGAAAGGGAGUACGAGACGCUUAUCGGAACGAGGAUUCCGUAUCGUCGGCUGGGCUACAGCACUUUGGAAGAGUUCCUUCGCGACCUCCGGAGUGUGGUCAGGCUGGCAAGGGGCCAAGAUGGCGAGACCAUGGUGCACGCCGUGUUGACGGAGGCCACGGCCCACGUGGCGGAGAUGGUGAAGGGCCAGAAGUCGAGCAAGCCAAAGCCUAUGGCCCGGCCCGCCUACCGCCGCCCCAUGCACUACAGCCAGCACAACUACCGUCCCAACUCCGUGCUGACCAAGUUCUCCUCCCUGGGCGGAGGGAAGCCCUUCAGGGGUGGCAGCUCUCCCUCGUCGUACACUUCCCCGGCCGCGGCCAGGCACAAGCCGGGCUACGAGAUCUACCAAACUCCCUCGCGGCGGUCCCUGUUGGCAACGCCCCGCGAGAGAACACCGGGCAGCGGCCACGGUGCCGCCCCGGAAUGGGGCAACAAGUACCAGGGGCACGCCGACGGUUUCAAGAAAAAGUACACCGGAAACUAUGUGAAACCACCUUCGUCGUCGUACCAGACGCCUCCCCGCUUCCAAAAGGCUCGCAACGGCAGCUGGGGUAGCGAGGAAGACACAAGUCGGUCGAGCAGACACCAAAACGGAGACGUCGGCCCGACCUCGGGGGCCGGCUGGGGCUCGGGGGCGCCUCGGGAAAGCCGGACCCCCACGGGGCCCAAGCCGGCCGGCAAGUGGGGCGAACUGGACGGCAGUUGGGUCGGUGCGGACAAGCCACAGCGCGACGUGGGCUGGGGAGAACGGGGAGGUGGCGAUGGAGACGUCAAGGAACAGGCGUGGGGGGAGGCUCCGAAGACGGCAACUCCCUCCGGUGACGGCGGUGAGAAGCGAUUGGAGGGUUCAGACUGCACAAACAAAGCGCCGACAACACCCACAAGCGACUCCACUUUCAAGAGGACCCCUGUUGCCAUCGCAACACCCUUGUCGGACAACGAAGUUCUCAAAACUCCGGUGAAGGCCCUCGAACGGAAGCCUCCGGCGCUCGAACCGGACCAGAAGCGGUACGACCCGUUCCGUGAGCCCAUCCAGUUCACCGAGCGGUUCGACCCCUUCCGGCAGCCGAUCCCAUUCAAGCCGGUCCCCGAACAGACUCCUACUCCCAAGGAUGACGACAAAGAGAGCGAGACUGUCCCCACGCAAGUCCGGCCCCCGUCCCGCUCUCCGGUUCCCUCGAAGAGGGCCUCCCUGCCGAACUGCACUUCGCCUGAACGUGCGUCGCCGGAAAACGCUCCGUCGAAACCCACUCCGUCAAAAAGUGUCACUAGGAAACACGUUUCGUUGGGCCACAUUUCGUUGGAACCCAGUUCGUUAGAACCCAGUUCGUUGGAACGCCAUUCGUUUGAACGUGCUACAUCGGAGCGUGCUGCGUCGGAGCCCGAUUUGUGGGAACCGACCUCGCCUUCACCGAGCUUGCCGCCGCAAACGCCGUUCUGUUCUCUUGUGGGUGCCUAUGCGAAGCGGGAGGGAGUUGAGGCGGUGUACAGUGCAUUGCUGGACAAGUCAAAGAAGCGCGGACCCGGAACCUGGCUGGCCAAGCUCAAGCUUGGGGGGCGGACGUUCAACUCGUACCCCAAUGAGAAACCGACGGCCGACGAGGCGAAGGAGGAGGCCGCUCGAAAGGCAGUGGAAGCCUUGAAUUUGCUCCAAGAAGGUCACGAGCCCAGCCUUCCCGUUACGCCCGCCUCAACCGACGACGAAAUCAUGCUCCUGGUUGAGAGGAUUGCAACCCUUGUGGCCGAGAGGCCGCAGGGCAUCCUGAGCGACUACCUGCCCAAGGCGUACGAGGACCUGUUUGCGGAACGUCUGCCUGACGGAUGGUUGAACCACGUCCGCAAGGCCCGGCUCGUGAACGUCACAGGGCCACAACAGAGGUGCAUCCUCUACCCAUACAGUCCACUGGAGAUGCCUGAAGAGCCCCCCUACGUGCCGGUCCUUGAGACGGACAGCUCGGCCAGCAGCUCUUCGGCCGAGACCACGGGUGCGCCGGAGUUUGUGGACGUGUACAUUACGUGCGUCACGAGCACCGACAACGUCUGCUUCCGGUUUGGGGAGUACGAGAGAGACUACGAGCAGCUGCUGGAGGACAUGCGGCUGUUCUACGAAGGACCCGACGGGAGGGCGCCCGCCCCAGACGUCGCGGAGGGAGAGCUGUACGCCACCUGCGUGGGCGACAUCUGGCUCAGGGUUCAGACGCAGGGUCCUCCCGAGGACGGCCAGGUGGAGUGCUAUUUUGUGGAUCAAGGGGGCACCAGCACGGUUCCGGUGCAAAAUCUCAAGUUCUUGGAUGAACGCUUUGCGCUGUUUCCACUCCAGGCCUUUCAGUGCCAGCUGGAUGGGCUGGUGGAGUAUGCGUCGUGCGAGAAUGCGGCGGAAAUCCUGGUGGAGCUGCUACUGGGCAAGAGCCUGGUGGCUGAGAUCAUCCGCAGGGUGGACCCGGUGCCAGUGGUGCUGUUCGACACCUGGGGGCCCGAGGACGUGGACCUGAACAUGGAGAUCUUCCUGCGCCUGAUGGCCCCGCGCCUGCCGCCAGGGGGGCAGGUGGCCAAGGCCUUCCUGAGCCACGUGCGGGCUGACGGCACCCUCUGCCUCCAGAUGUCCGGCGUGGGCCUCGGGGUACUCAACAGCUGCAUGGCCGCCGUCAACCAGUACUGCGAGAGCUCCACAGAGCUGGUCGACAAGCUCGUGGAGUCCAAGCUCUAUGCCUGCCGUUUCAGCAGCGACGGAAGAUACUACCGGGCCGUUGUCAGUUCCGCAGACCCGCUUCCGUCUGGACAGUUCCAUGUGCGGUAUGUGGACUUCGGCAACGAGGAGGCAGUGUUCCUUUCGGAGUUCAGGGAUCUGGAUGCGCUGGGUGACUUCGUCGUUCGUCUGCCUCAUCAGGUGGUGGAGUGCCGUUUGAAGGGCCUGGAAAAGGUGGACUGGAGCGAGGAGCUGAUCAAGAGGCUGGUUGACUUGGCAGAUGACAGCACAGAGCUGCUCCUCCGGGUGACGGAGCCACCCACGGACGCCACGCCAGCGCUGGUCAUCAUGUUCAAGAGGCUAGGACCAAGCCGGGAGCUCUUGUCCAUCAACGAAGCACUGCUGAAGCCUGCAGUUGAGGAAAGCUGAGGAGACCUUGCCUGACCGGUUGGUCCUGAGGCACAGCACCGAAGGGAAAACUCUGGGCUGCCUACUGCGACAUGAAUAUCGGAACGAGCGCUCUUUGCGUGGUGACUGUUUUAUUCUCAUUUAGGUACCAUAUCUUACAUUUGUUAGGUGUAUUUUUUUUUUGUUCCUUUGGUCGUCAUUGUUUUUGUGUGCAUUGAUAACUGUACUUUGGUACAUGGGGAGGGGGAACAAGUUUCGGUUGUCUCGACGAUUGUGUUGCAAUUUGGCGAGUGUACAUAGGCGUUGUCGGCACUCAUGGUGGCAUGCGCCAUUUGUUUCUAGUCGCAAGUUUGGCAAGCAGCUUGCACGAAAUGAACGAAACGAGCAGUGAUGCCAUGAAUUGCAGUAUAGGGGAAGGAAAGUGUGAUUUCUGGAUUAGUAUUUCAGAUUUCGAGCUUUUGAAGAUGUAAGGGUCACAUUUUUAUUAGCUUUUGCACUUUUACGACACCCCUUGUGAUAACAUGAAAUGUUUUUUUUGUGUGUGUGCGUGUAUUAUAUUUGUUGUCUCAGUUCAUGCCAUUUUUGUUUCCUAGCGCCCAGACUGGUACCUUUUAUUGACAUCCUGACAUAUUUCGUGUGGAAAUUGCGCGACCUGUACACAAUUUGUGUAUGUGCCAUUUGAAACUUGACAUUCUGUUAUCUGAAGCUUGUGCAAAGUUUAUAUGCAAUUAGCGGUAUGUUAUGUUUAAUAAAGUAGUAGGUCGCACUG